UUUGCCUUGUAUGUUACAUUUUGCAUUUUUUUUUUAUUUUUUAUUUAGAAUAAAAAAACAUGGCUAGUAACAACUUUACUGCAGAGAGUAUAAAAAUGAACUUUACUCAUGAAAAUACAGACAAGUUUAAAGCUUACCCGCGUAAACGGCAGGAAGUGUUACGUUGGAAAGGGUGGGGUUAUAGUGAUUGUAAAUUUGAAAUUGUCAACGAACAGCAAAAACUUGCUCGUUUUAAAGGUAGCCGAUACCCAGCUUUGGCAGAUGAGAUGUUGCCUAAGUUGGGACCUUGGUUUGAAGAUCGCUGCGAUGCAGAUUUGUCGUUACAAAGUCCUUCUCGUGAACGAAUGAAUAUUGAGGAUUAUCCGGAACCUAUUGUAAAUGAGGAUUUUGUGAAGCUAGUUGAAGGUGUUGGUAUCGCGUCUUUCGACACGGAGGACAGAGUUGUCCACGGGCAUGGUCAGACGAUCUUUGAAAUAUUCGAUUUGCGUUACAAUAAGUUAGCUCGCAUUCCUGAUAUUGUGAUGUGGCCACAAUGUCAUGACGACGUCGUCAAAAUUGUAGAAGCUGCUACGAAGUUUAAUGUUUGCGUGAUACCGUUCGGUGGAGGAACGACUGUUUCCGGUGCCGUUGCGUGCCCCGAGAACGAAACGAGAAUGAUCGUGUCUCUUGACAUGACUGACAUGAAUAAAAUUUUGUGGUUUGAUGAAGAAAAUUUAUUGGCUCAUGUUGAAGCUGGUAUUGUUGGCCAGGACUUGGAGAAAAAGUUGUACGAAUUUGGCUUUUGCACAGGACAUGAACCUGACUCGAUCGAGUUCAGCACACUUGGUGGAUGGGUAGCUACACGUGCGUCUGGUAUGAAGAAGAAUGUCUAUGGGAACAUUGAAGAUUUGGUUGUCCGAAUACGUAUGGUGACGCCGCAAGGUUUGAUGGAAAAAAGAUGUCAGGUUCCACGUAUGUCAGCAGGCCCAGAUAUUCACCACAUGAUACUUGGUUCUGAAGGAAUUCUUGGUGUUGUCACAGAAGUAACUUUAAGAAUUCGUCCACUACCGGAAGCGAAAACGUACGGUUCAGUCGUGUUUCCAAACUUUGAGUCCGGUGUUCAUUGUUUAAGAGAAAUCGCUUUGAAAAAAUGUGCGCCUGCUUCGAUUCGGUUAAUGGACAAUGAACAGUUUCUGUUCGGUCAAGCUUUAAAAGCAGGAAGCAGUCCGUUUUGGACACGAAUCAUGGAUUAUAUUAAAGCGUUUUACAUUACACGAAUAAAAGGGUUCGAUCCAAAGGAGAUGUGUGUCACGACCUUACUCUUCGAAGGCUCGAAGGAGGUUACCCAGGAACAACAACAGAAAGUUUAUCAUAUUGUGCAGAAGUAUGGUGGUAUACCCGCAGGAGAAACGAACGGAAAACGCGGAUACACCCUGACAUACGCGAUAGCAUAUUUACGUGAUUUUGGAUUAGAAAUGAGUUACAUUGCCGAGUCAUUCGAAACGUCCGUUCCUUGGGAUCGUGUGCUGGAUCUGUGUCGCAAUGUUAAAAUUGAAAUCUUUCGAAAAUGUAAAGAUUUUGGAGUGACACGUCGUCCAUUUGUAACGUGCCGCGUCACUCAAACGUACGACGCCGGCGCUUGCAUAUAUUUCUAUUUUGGGUUUUUGUAUCACGGUUUACCGAACCCGUUGCAUAUAUACGAGGAGGUUGAAAAUGCGGCGAGAGAGGAAGUCUUGCGGAACGGAGGUAGCAUAUCCCAUCACCACGGCGUAGGAAAGAUUAGAAAACAGUUUCUGUCUAAAACUUUAACCGAUGCGGGGAUCAAUGCAUUAAAGGGUCUGAAGAACGCGAUCGAUCCGCAGAAUAUUUUCGGAGUAAACAAUUUGUUAUAAUCUUUAAUGGGUUCUUUAAUUCGUUUUUUUGUUUUGUUUUGUUUUGUUUUGUACUACUGUAUUUGUUUUAUCGUUAUUGUACAACUGUGGUGUUGCCGUAAACAAAGAAACUUUUGCGGACGUUUCUUUAUAUAUAACUUGGGAGAAUUUCCAUAAGCUUUAAAUUGGGAAUUAGAGAUGACAAGAAUAGGACCGCGUUUUCAUGAAAGUUUCUCUUUCCUCCAAGGGAAGUUUUAUCUUAACCCAAAGCAUAUCUCUAUGGCCAAAGUAAAUUGCAUUUUUUUUAUAAGAAAAUUCUUUUGUAAGAAUGCGAGGCUAAGAUUUACACAAAUAUUAAGAAUAUUUUAUAAAAAAUCGUUAGGUUGACUUUCCAUAGAAAGGGAAAUAAAAAGACUAAUUAUUAUAAACUUUUUUUUCGUUUUUUCAACUGCGUAUCUACACAAACCAGCAAUAUUAAACUUGUCGCCUUCUUUGAUUACUAUGCCAAUAUCUGUGUCUAGAUCUUCUUACAAGUUUCCAAUUCACUUCAGACAAAUACAAUACACGUGUGUGAGGAUGUUCUAAGAAUAAUUCCUCCCUAAAAAUUGACAAACUAAAGAAUAUUUAAGCCUAUACUUUGAUUAUUAUUAUUUCGUGUAAUGUGUUCAUGUGGUUUUUACGAUCGAAGUAAAAUUUCUAUUAUAUCCUAAGUGAAUUGAAACUCAGACCGGAUAUUAUCAUGUGUAUAACCUAAAGCCUCCUUAUAGAAACAUUAUUUCAAGUUAAGUGAAACUUGAACGCAAACUUCCCCCUAAACGUAUAUGACACGAAUGGUUAUGAAAACCCACUAAUUGGCCUUGACCGCGAAAGUUUCUUUAAGACUGCGUACAGUGUUCGUGUUGGUUGUAUAAGUUGAUUAUAUAGCAGAUGAGUGUAAUACGUAUAUACGGUUUACUGUGGUGUUGAUUGUCCCUUUUACCCCAACGUUUGUUCUUUUUACAGCUCUUUUACAUCUUCGUUUUUUUUUUUUUUGGUUAAACAAAAAAUUGUCAGAAAUUUACUAUAUAUUGUCCAGGAAAAAGUCCGGAAUAUCAGCAAUUUCUUUGAUAUGUCGGAGAUUUCUUUCUUUUUUUUUUAAAUAUGUUUUUGCAGUCUAUUCUAUCAGUGUGGUGGACAUCCUUGCUAUUUGCUUCUUCUAUCAAGUUGUUUUUGAGUUUUACGUAUCUAAUAACAGUGCGAAAAAUGGUUAGCAUAUUUUAAAUUUCGUUGUCAUAAGUAGUAUUUUCGCUAGUUUCUAUAUUACAUAACACAAUUUGAACUUAAGCUCUGCUAAUUGUUGCUAACGCCAGCAUGACUUGCUUUUUGCGAUAUUUUGGCGCUUUGUAGGACCUGACUGAAAAUUUCCAAAAAGUUGCCGUUGCGCGAAUAUUUUUGUCACUGAAUAAUUUUUGAAUUAUUGUAGUCUGGAAUUUAUUAUUACAUAUUAUGACAUAUUUUCUUCUUUCGUCUCUAAAUUUAUCAAUAUUUACACUUCAUAUUUACCAAUGUUUAGUUCAGAUAUGGUCAUUUUAUGAUUUUUUAAUUUUUCUAAGAGACAUUAUUUUACUUGCCAAAACAAUAUACUGAA